AUGGGGGCGGCCCAAAAGACGCUCGCCAAUGUCUUUUGUCCCGGCGACCAGGGACGCCAAAAUAUUAAGGCCCAGGCUACAAACUGCAUCGAGCUCCAACGCGACAUCCUCGAGCAACGACACGGCCUUUUCAGAACCGACGACCAUCGCUACCGCCUCGACCGGCGCUUCACCCGUCUUUUUCCCUCUUCUCCCUCUUUUUCUGUCAUCUCCGUCGUCAAACCAGCGCCUGCCCGGCAAAGGUCCGCUUCCCACUCCGGCUCCGCGCGGAGGCUCUCCCGGGCCAGGUCCUCGUCGAGCUUGCUCGAUGAGUUCUUCCGCCACCCCGAGCGCAGGGCCGUCUGGCAACGCACCGAGGAACGAGCCAACCACGAGCAAGCUACCAAGAUGGAGAACCGCCAGGUGAUGGGCGACCUGGUCGACUUUUGCGCAACCAUGAGCCGCCACCCGACAAUUUCAUGUCCAUUCCCGAGGAGGGCGACGGUCACGAGAGGGUCCGAAGCCGACUCCGUCAUGAGGUUCACCGACAGCAGGGGCGUCGUCACCGUCCUGCGCACCGUGUCGGAAAACCGCGAGUCCGCCGUUGCCAACGACGCCAUCGACUCCCCCGCCGCUUCUACUCGCCCGUCCAAAUCUCUAAGCGAGGGCGGCGAUAACGCGCUCCGUGACUACCACACCGCCAGCCUACCACCCGCACCCCUGCCCCAGUCUGCUCCCGCGCGCAGGCCGAGUACCGCCCGUCUCGCGCGGCAGAACUCCAGCGCCGGGGCCCCGCCCAGCUCCAGCGGCACAGCCCGCUCUCUGGGGCCUCCCGCCGUGCCACUGUCGGCGUCCGCCCCUUCCUCGCCCCAUACCCGCCAUCCCGUGCGCCGGUGGAGCACGCUUCCCGCACCCGCGGAGGCCCCCGAGUCUAUCGAGGGUGUGCUCUACGGCCAGCGGGGCCAAAAGAUGCCGGCCUCCGCUACGCAGGCGCUGGCCCGGGCCGCCACGUUUUCGGGCCGCACUCGCUCCAACACCUCCAACACGGUGGGGUCCAGUACGAGCGCCUCCACAGCGCCGAGGGUUAAUAUCGCCAAAGCUAUCCCCAUGAUUCGCGUGCCAGGCUCCGCCUCCACGCGGAACUCGGCCUCCGACCUGAGGAGCCUAGCGCGCGGCGGCGCCAGCCCCCGCGAGGUCAACGUCAUCACCAGCAACCCCUCGAAUCCCCCUAGAGACCCCUCCCCUGUCGGCCAAGUUUCUGCGCGAAUCGAGGCGCUCGCGGCGGGACAAGGUCAGCGCGAAAAACGAAAGGAUAUCGAGGCAUCGAGGGCGUCACGGGAGAGGCGCAGGAAGGAGUCUGAAGAAGGAUCCUUGUACCGCAGCUCAUCCCUCGCCCCCAGCGACACCACCUCCCGAUCGCCGGCGGAUGAAUCCGACUCCGAUCCGCCCAUGCCGGCGCGCCGACUCCCUUCCCGCCAACCGUCCAUGUCGCCCGUCGUUGUGGUCGCCAACGUUGAGCCAUCAACCCCUCCUAAGAAACCCUCCAUCACGGUCAGCCACCACUCCUCCCCGGCGUCGACCCCGCCCCGGACGCCCCUCACCGCCGACAGCCUCUCUACCCACUACACCACCAACCCGCGAGGGAGGUCUCCCGGCUGCAGGAGCCCGCCGACGACGUCCCCCUCGACCGCGUCUCCCUAUCCCGUCCCUCAAUGGACGCAUCCCAAUCUCCCCUCGCGCCUCCCCACUAGCAGCAGGAGCCUCCCGUCCUUUGCCGAGGAGCGCAUGCGUGAGAUGGAGCGCCGGAUGCAGCGCCUCGAGCGCAGCGGCGACAUGUGGCUCCACGCCAUCGUUCCCGUCCUCGACAGCCUCAACCGCACCCUCACCAUGAUUCAGGAUGAGCGCCGGCUCCUUGGCGCCAACGGCAAUACUGCUGCUGGCGGCGACGAUGACGGUGGCAACGACGGUGACAUCGACAACGAAGACCCCGCUCGCAACGGUGAUGGCGUCGUCGCUCGUGGAGGCGACAAGGGGGCCAAGGGCGUUGGCGGCUUCCCGCGUCUUACCCGGAGGAGCACGCUCAACGAGAAGGCACUGCUCGACCUCAAGCGCAUCGAGCGCGGCGAGCUGCGGCCCGAAGAGCUUCGCGGGUCGAGCGGGCUUGAUGCGCUAGAGCCGCUGAUGAGGGAGCUGCAGCAGGCGGCUACACGUGGACAGGCCCCGAAACCUAUAGAACCCGCCAUGAACUUGAUCGAGGCUGAACCAGCGAGGUAG